UACAAUCUCAAACAGCAUAUCCGUCAGCAAGUGUUACAACGAGCUGGCAGCAAGAACCACAUGGAAAACGUGGACGAGGAAACCGAGGCCAAACUCGCACAGGAAAUGAAAGAAUCACGUGAAAAACUCCAAGAGGAAGCCGACGACAUAGUAGUAAUUGAUAAGGACGAAUCGGAGGCAACGAUACGGAGAGAGCUUGAACAACAUCACCAUCAUCCACAAACUGAUCGAAAAGCAUUCCUUUCUGAACAACGCGAUAUUUUGCGGUUGCAUCCUGCACACGCGCCUGCCGUGUCAGGGACGUCGUCUGUCCAUGCUCCGCUAAUACCAAUAAACGUGCCAGCGAGGCGUCCUCCGCAUCGUCCACUCUCCAGGACCCAGUCCAGUCCACUGGUUACGUUUAAUUUCCCAAGGCCAUCAAAUGCACCUGAACAGCAGGAACCUUUGCCGCUUAGAUUCACUACAGGAAUAGCCUAUGACACCAUGAUGUUAAAGCACCAAUGUACAUGUGGAAACAACCAGAACCAUCCAGAGCAUGCAGGAAGGAUACAAAGUAUCUGGGCGCGACUUCAAGAAGCUGGGCUUGCUGCACGAUGUGAGAAAGUGAAAGCGAGAAAGGCAAGCCGCGAAGAACUCCAGUCAUGCCACAGCGAAGUAUACACAUUGAUCUACGGGACAAACCCCUUACAUCGACAAAAACUGGAUCCUCAGAUACUGGAGACUCUGCCUACGAGGUUCUGCAUGUUACCAUGUGGUGGAAUUGGCGUGGACUCCGACACUGUGUGGAACGAGCUGCAUACGUCUUACGCAGCCAGAAUGGCCACUGGAUGCGCCAUUGAAACAUCGAUGAAAGUUGCAGCUGGGGAACUGAAGAAUGGCAUGGCCAUAGUGCGACCCCCAGGUCAUCACGCAGAACACCAACAACCCAUGGGUUUCUGUUUCUUCAAUUCGGUGGCAGUGGCUGCUAAGCAGCUGAGGGAAAAGUUGAAUCUCCGUAGAAUUCUGAUAGUUGACUGGGAUGUUCACCACGGCAAUGGCACACAGCAGGUUUUCUACAACGAUCCCAGUGUCAUGUACAUCAGCCUUCAUCGCCAUGACGAUGGGAAUUUCUUUCCUGGCACUGGUGCUCUAGACGAAUGUGGCGAGAAGGAAGGCCUUGGUUACACCGUCAAUGUCGCUUUCACAGGCAGUUUGGAUCCACCAAUGAGAGAUGCUGAUUAUAUGAUGGCAUUCAGGACGGUAGUGAUGCCAAUUGCUCGGGAAUUCAACCCGGAGCUUGUGCUGGUGUCAGCAGGGUUUGACGCUGCCAAGGGUCACCCUGCUCCUCUGGGUGGAUACGAGUUGUCUGGGGCAUGUUUUGGUCACAUGACCAAGCAGCUCAUGACCCUGGCGGGCGGCAAAGUUGUCUUAGUUCUUGAAGGAGGCUACGACCUGCCUGCGAUAUGUGAUGCUUCUGAGAUCUGUGUAAAGGCCUUGCUGGGAGACGAGGUGAGACCUCUCAGCGAAGAGGAGACCAAUAGGAAGCCCUGUGAAGCUGCAAUAAAGACCGUACAAGCUGCAAUCAGUUAUCAAGCUCGUUACUGGCCAGUGGUCACCAAAUAUGCGGACAGCAUCACCAUGUCCAUGAUGGAGGCUCAGAGGAGAGAGCAACGAGAAAGAGAAGAGAAUGACACCGUCUCCGCUCUUGCCUCUCUGUCCAUGGUCACUGCCAGAAGGAGUGGUGGACUCUCCUCAAUGUCAUCGACAGAGUCUGAACCCAUGGAGGAAUCUUGAGGCCAAUGAGUGCACAUUUGGGGGAUGAAAUUUAAAUUGUAUUUUCACUUGUGCAAAGGAUGCCUUUUACCCAUUGCACGUACAUUGUAGUACUUGUGCUGGCACAAAGUAGAUGGAGGCAGAAUGAAAAGAUUUGGGAGCACUUGAAGAAUUGACAGAAGAGUCGUUUUGUUUAGAUGGUAGGGGGCAUGGUUGGGCAAGAGGAGAUUGUAAAACAGGAUUUGAGACUCUGAAAUGUCACUGUCAUCAAGAAUGGUGUCUUCAAUGAUGAGCAGCUGAUUUUGUAUCACUAGCUGACAUCCCUUGCAAAUCAAAACUUGUACCAUCAUCAGAGGCAUAAUUUCAGACACCAGAUGUCAUUGCUGUCAAGAGAAACUAGAAGGAUUACCAGCCGCUGGGCGAAAAGACACCAGAUGUCACUGCGUAUGAAGGAUUCCUCCCCUUUCAGCUGCAGUGGGUUGACCUGGGAAGGCUUUUUCCAGUUUUACAGUCAUUCCUAUCGAAAUAAUUUUUUUUUCGCAGGAUUUCAAGGAUGAAGGAUAGAGUAAAGGACUUACUACCUGCAGAAAGAUUUUAUAAGAAAUAAUUGUUUUUGAGAAUUUUUUCAUCCAUUGAGGGUUGUACAUGGCUGUGCCAGUGUCUCUCUCAGAUUCAUAACCAUAGGGGGCGCUAGUAGCCUAUGGCUUGGAACAAGUGUCAAACGGUGCUGUGUGUAUGAUAAUAUUAUUGACUGCAACAUUGUGUAGUCAUAUAGUAACCAAUGUUGUCAUCUUGACCAGUAUUUUUAUAUAGUCUUGGGAUGCUUUCGUAGAGCAUUUGUAAUAUAAUGUAUGUUUGUUAACCUAUACGGACAUCGAAACUUUGAGCAAUGUGACAUUGAUAUUUAGUAUUUAAUUUCUAUUUUUAUUGGCAAAAACAUUGCUUGCCACUGUUAUUGAAGAAUUUGGAGGAAAAUUCCACCUUUGACAUUCUAAAUAACGAUGUGAGAAUGAUAUGUGGACCAUAUAGGACAGUUAAGAGAAGGAGCUAGUUAAGAUAAAAAGUUGUCAAAUUUUUUUGUAGAUUUUUAAGUAAUAUCGUGGUCUUCUCCACAAGAAAAACUGUAGAAACAGACAAGACGGAUUCCAGUCAAAUUCUUUCUUUUCCUUAAAUUGUAUAGUUCAUUGGUAUUCUGUGGUAGCAACUACUGUGCCCAAUGUUUCAGAAUUUUAAAGGUGGGACAUAUUUGCUAUCAUUGUGCCAUAGGAACCUUGAUCUCUGUCCAUGUCAGGGCUGUAUCUAAGGAAACAGUGGCAAGAACUGGUCAGCAACAUUCGACAUCCAUAUUUUAGAUAACUUCAACAGAAAAAUCGGCUCAAAAAUGCAAGUCAAUUUUUUUUAUCUUUUUUUGUUUCAAAAAUUACAAAACUAAAUAUGAAUUAUAAUUGCCCCUUCCUUGCUUUAACAAAUACAAAGAUUGGUCUAAAAAGACCCAGUGGACUCCGUUCCCAAAGUCCCCCCCCCCCCCAAAGAGGUGGCCCCUUCUUCAAGUGGCGCCACCUACUGGUGGCAGUGCCUUCAAGUGGCGCCCCCUUCAGGUUAAGCCCAGGGCACCUGCUGUAACUUAGAUACUUCACUGUUCCGUGGAUAAAUGGUUUAUUUAACCAUUCAUUUGUCUAACUGCAGACUGGGUCAGACUUGGUCUUGAAUUAACCAGAGCCCCCUGCUGUACAUUGUCAGAUUUCACAAUUUAAUUGUAUUUUCUACAACGUUGAAGAUUUGAAUCAGUUUCACUUUUGUAAACAGAUUUUGAAGAGAAAAUUGAGUUGUUAGUUUCUGUUUUAGAAUUCUGGGACGAGUUGAGAAGGGAAAUUUAUCUGCAUUUUUUAUGUAUUGCCAAUAUUGCCAUUUUAUCAAUUCAGCCACCAGUAGCAUUUUGAUGUAGAACAUUUUGUCUUUUCUUUUUACGAGAUGCAUAAUUAGGGAUGAAUUGAGAAAAAGUGCAAGUGGUUUGGUUGAAAACAGGUUUGCUUUGCAGUAUAUAUGUAUUAUGAGAGCUUGAGUGAUCCAAAGGUGAUUGUGUUGUGGUAUGUCUGAGGUCUGUGGAAUAAUGUCUUUUAAAACCCUUCAGUUUUAGAGUACUUAAAAUGACUGACUCUCUCUCUCUUUCUCUCUCUCUCUCUCUCUCUCAAAUAAUGCUCUGAAUUUUUGAGGUGGAUUGAGGUCAUCUUCUGGGUCUUUUGGAAGACGGCCAGAUUUUCAAGUUUUAACUUUCUGGAAGUAAAUUUUGGUAAAAUCAUUUUAAUUGGCCAAGCAAAAUGACAAUUGAUCACAAUUAAGCUGUGGGAAUUGAUUUACCCCCCCCCCCUCCCUCCUUACAAGUUACCUGUAUCUAUAUGGAGAAAUCGUUGACAGUACUCUGAAUUAAUGAAGAGGGUGAAAAGACGGAUUUGUAUUGAAGGAGUAAAUGGGACAUUUUACUAACAGCAGCAGCAUCCUUUGCAUUUUUCAUAGCAGCCUCUUUUUCCAGAGUAGAUCUAUUAUUGUUAUUAAUAUUAUAAGUAUUAUAAGAUACAGCAACUAUUGUUAUUACUGCAUGUGUAAAUUAGAACACAUAACGUUUGAAGAAUAGAUAUUAUAUUUGUAUAUUUUAUCUGUACAAAGAAGUAAUACACAGUUAUGUAUAAGUCAAUGCACACCAUAUGAUCUAUGAUCUAAGUAUGAAGUAAAUUUUUGUAACUGGCUACAAAUUAUUGUACACAAAGUAUAAAGGAUUUUUCUGUAAGUGGCUACGACAAAUUAUUAUGUGUAUAUUAUUAUUGAAAGAAAUGUAUCGAAACUUGAUUAAUAUUGUCAGUAGUGCAUUGAACACUUGUACUAUUCAAUUUGUCUUGUGGUCAGUUAUGCCCAACUUUUGGUCAGCCUAGAAGCUGACCAUAGCACUAUUAUUAUUAUUAUAUUAAAUAUGUUGUUAUUGCCCAGAAGUGCAUACAAAUAUUACAAACGUAGAUAUGUAGAGAGAAAUAUAUAAUGACAGCACAUAGUAUGCAAACUACAUCUUGAGAUAUUUUUUUGUUAAUUUUUUUUAGGUUGUUGAAUUUCAAUGAAUUAUAAUGGUGGUGAGAAUUUCAUUUUAUAAUGAAUGAAAUUAUGGUAGCUGCAAGUUAUAUAUUUUUUUCGGUAGAAGAUUGCUGACUGUCACUGGCAAAGGUUGGUUACAAUAACUUGUCAAAGGAUAUCUUGAGUUUGAGUGCCAUCUAUUGGUUGGUAUAGAAAAGCUGGUUCUGAGGAUUUUUCUUGUGCUUGGUAGAGUUGGCAGCAGGUGUUAAGAAAAUUUGAUAUUUCUCAGUUACAAUAAUGGUUUCUUAAAAUAAAAACACUAAAAUUCAGAGUUUACUACUUCUGUAUUUUAACUCUCUGAGUUUUACUUGUUGUUGGAAGAUGCUGUUAUUGUUACUUUGAAUUCAUAACACUUACAGCUGAUGGAAUUUUUUUCUUGGCAUUUCUCACAUUUCAGUGAAAAACGUGAUAGGUUAUGCUGUUUGCAAAUGAAUGUGACAGUUUAUUGCACAGCCACUACCAAAUAACUUUAAAUUUCUUUUCACUAUGUUUUAAACCUUGACCUUCUUACUCGAUGACAUUUUCCCUAUAUUUUCGUAUCAAAGAAAAGAGUGAAUAUUUUUUCUAGAAUGAUAGAAGGACAAUGUUUGAUGCUCAAGUUUCUGUCUUUCUAGUCACCAUUUCUGUCAAUAAGGAUUGCCCUAGAUUCAACACAUUAAAAGAAAACAUUUCAUUUAAUUUUUUUUAAAUGCUAAUUUUUUUUAGCAUUUGUUUUUUGUUUAAAGUGAUAGCUGAAUUACACCAACUUGUAGUAUGUCAAGUGCCAGACUGUGGGGAAUUCGUGUAGAGGCCUCCGUGGCAUCUACUUUGGGUGCUCUUUUAGGUAACAUUGCACUACACGUUCUUUAUUUACCAAUAUUGCACACUUCAGGUGCAAUACAUGAAACGUCAGUAUUCAUAUACACACAUGUAUGAGUGUUGAACCAAUCUGUAAAUAAAAUUUGUAGUAAGGCCAUAGGUAGUGUUGGGCCCCAUUUUACAAAGAAACUGGAGUAACAGAAUUGUUUUGACUCCGAUUAAACCACUGGUUGGACUUUGGUUUUAAUUUGAGUGAAACAUUUUUAAUUCUGACAGUGGGGUGUAUUUUGGCACGCAGCUAAGGAUUUACCUUUGAUGAAAAAAGAUGUCAGUUGGUGAUGUUAAGGUUACAGUUCAACUUUUAAGUCGAGUUUGUUUGUAAAACGAGGCCCUUGUGUGCUUCAAUCCGUAACUCGCCUGUGACAGUCCAGCAAUAUUAUAUAACAAGAAAACUUCUAUAAUUUUGUAUUGUAAAUUGUUUUUAUGUGUUGUUGCAGGUAGAGUUGUUUAUAAUAAUGAGGAGAAACAAGUGAAAAUGGGAUUUUGUUUGAAAACGUCAAGGAAGAUUUGAUGUUUUGAGAAGUGAGAAAAAUUAUAAAGGAUAUUAAGUAGUUUUGAUGUACAAAAUGCAGAUAUUGUGCAGCAAGUAAAGUGACAUAAUAUA